UUAUGAGCCGUUUAACUACUUCAUAGUGUCAAGUUGUGAAGUUAACUAUUUUCAAACAGUUUACCAAAGUUAAAAUCUUCUUCAAUCUAAAAAAUGGCUUCUGAAGAAUUUAAGUUUUCUGAAGAGUUUUUAAUUGGAACCGGAUCUAGUGCAUAUCAAAUUGAAGGCGCAUGGCAAGCAGAUGAUAAAAGUCCUAGUAUUUGGGAUCAUUAUUUCCAUAAUAAAAAAAUCUUACCCAAGAAUGCAAUACUUAAAUUAACGGAAGAAAAGGAAAAAUUUAACGAUUUUCACAAAGGCAUAGUAAUUGAUCAAAUAGAUCUCUCCGAUCCUUCCCAAUUUCUCAAUGGAGAUAUUGCUUGUGAUUCUUAUAACAAACUUGAAGAAGAUAUUAAAAACUUGGUUGAUCUUAAAGUUAAUACAUACCGAUUUUCUAUAAGUUGGCCAAGAGUUUUGCCAAAUGGCGAUGACCGUAAAGUAAACGAUGCUGGAGUUAAAUAUUACCAAUCUUUAAUUCAAAAUCUUUUGGAUAACAAUAUUAAACCAGUGGUAACAAUGUACCACUGGGAUCUACCGAACUGUCUUCAAGACCUUGGUGGAUGGGCGAAUCCAAAUAUUAUUGAAUACUUUGUAAAUUAUGCAUGUUUUCUUUUCAAAACAUUUGGCUCACAAGUCAAAAUAUGGACUACAAUUAAUGAACCAAGAUUAGUAGCUCACGCUUACGGUAGUGAGAACAUGGCACCCAGUGUUGGUGAAUUGUUUAACGGUAUCGCCGACUACAUGGUCGUUCGCAAUUUGUUGCUUGCCCACGGAUCGGUUUACAAGAAGUACAAGGUAGAAUACUACCCUCAACAGCAGGGGGAAAUUAGUAGUUUGUGUUUUGAUACAGCGUGGUAUUUCCCAGAAACGAAUACAGAUGAGGACAAAAAAGCCGCUAAAAGAGCAAGGGAUUUUGAUCUUGGGAUGUUUAUUCAACCAUUGAUUGACGGCACAUUUCCACAAGCAGUGAUAGAUGGUAUCAACAAUACCAACAACACAGAAAAUAUAAAGUUCAAGCGUUUCAUUGAAUUUAGCGAGAAAGAAAAAGAAAUUGUUAAAAAUACAUAUGAUUUCAUUGCUUUCAAUUAUUAUGAUUCGCAAAUAAUAAGAGCAAUGACUGAUGAUGAAUACAAAAAUGAGAACUAUUUAGUAAAUAAAGAUAUGAGAGUAAAAUCAAACAGGAAAUCAGAAAAAAAUAAGGAAAAUACCUUCAAAGGAUUUACGGCAGUGGUAAAAUGGCUUAAUGAAAAAUUCAAAAAAAAGGAGCUGUUUGUUGCUGAAAAUGGUUUUUCUGAGGAACCAAAAAUAGAUCAAAGUGAUAAAAAAAUUGAAUAUCAUCGUGGCAUUUUGACGGAAAUUAAAAACGCCAUAGGUAGUGGUAUUGUUUUUAAAGGGUAUUGUGUAUGGUCAUUUAUGGAUUCAUUAGAAUGGACAAGAGGAUAUGCUAGUGUAAUGUUUGGUAUUUAUGCAGUGGACUUUGAAAGUGAUAACAGACCUCGUACCAAGAAGUCAUCAUUUGAGUUCUUCCAAACACUUUUCGGAACAAAAACCAUACCAUCUAUCAAACCUGUCACUUUGAAAAAAUAGUUAAUUUUAUAGGGCUUUAUAUUUUAUAGUUGACACUUAUUCAAUAUGUUUAAAUUUAGAUAUAAAUAAUUACUGCAGUUGAACAAAUAACAAGAUAUUAGUAAAACUAUAAAGUAAAAAUGUAGCUGUAAACUAUAAUCAAUAAUAAAAAAAAAUAUAUUAAAA